AUGCCGACCUUCUCUCUUCUUUUUCUCUCACUCUCUCUCUCUCUCACUCCUUCCACACACACCCAACCUAACCCCCAGCAUGUCCGAACAGCACCCCAAAAAACCAGAAGCCCGGCCCGCAGGCGCGCCUCCAAACCGCAACGACGUCUUCAACCCCACCGACGACAAGCAGAAGCGCGACGCCGCCAGCGCAGACGAAGGGAAGAUCUCCAUCUGGGACGCGCUGAAGGACAAGGGAAACGCGGCGCGGCGCAAGAGUAUGCAGUUCCUGGGUCUGGACGCAGCGGGGAAAAGAGACGGCGGAAAAGAGCAAUGAAGGCGAAGUAA